AUGGGAUACUGGUUCUUCGGCGGCCACGGCGGCUUCUAUAUACCCUCCUAUGACGGGAGCCAGCCUCGACCCGCUGGCCCUCACCGGCCGUUGCUGUACGAUGAGCAGAUCCGCCGGAUGGAAGAAGGCGUACGGCCACCGGCCAACCCCACAGCCUGGAAAUACUUCAAGAUCUUCACUAGGUGUUUCAUGGCCGCGAUGAGCAUCGCGAUGAUGGCCUCGAUAUUCGUGGCGCGAUAUUUCGGUUCGGAACCUCAGGUGCAGGAUCCCUAUAUUAUGAUGGGACUUAUCGUCUUUGCUCUCAUACCAGUGGGAUUCGGCUUCAUAAUAACAGGAGAUAUAGAGACCCAGGACACGCGUGCUCAAGGGGAGGCACUGUCAAGCCGGAGCCAUGGAUUUGAGGAUCUUCGUGCCGAUAUGGCUAGGAUUUGUGCAUUUCUCGAGAUACGCUAA